AUGAAAAAGUGUUGUAUACACGCGCAAAAUGAAUUUUUGGAUCAAAUUCAAGAAAGCAGAAAUUCUUUUAACAAAACAUGUACACAAAAUAAAAAUAAAGGAUACAAUGUUAAAGAUUGUCUCACAGAAUAUUCCAUGGAGGAUAAAGUCGAAGCUUUGAAAUCUAUGCUUGCUUGUAAUGAGAAACAUGAACAAGAUUUACCACUGCAUAAGGAUUUUGUAACUAAAACUACAACUGGUGUAAAGGAAUGCCUGCAAGUACAUCAAGAAACACAGUUUCAAAUGCUUAUUUCUGAAUUACGAAAUACUGUUAUUAACAGCUAUUGGAAUAAAGAAGUUGGUAAAACACGUUAUCACAUUCCAAAUCUACCAAUGGGUAUGAACCCAUUGGAAAUAACUUUUGGAAAGAAACUUAAACAUGAAGCAUCUAUGGCUGAACUACUUCGGACAAAUACAAAUCAAAUUGAUACUUUAAAGCCAGAUAUUCUUGAAAUGUAUAGAAAAAGUCAUAACCAUUAUCAGCCUGCAGAACAAAUUAAAAGGAACUAUAUGGAACCAUUCAAUUCAAAUCUAUCUUUUGGAAAGUCAUACAAUACUAAUACUAGAGGUGCACAAAUUAAGAAAACUCUAACAUGGAUUAAUUUUAAUCCCACUACAGUAGUUAAUUCGAUCUUAGCAGAUUUUAAGGAACAUUCACAUUCUUGUGUUGGAGAAGUAAGAAAUUUGAAGAAAACAUGUUCAUACAUGAGCAUGGCACAUGGAAAGGCAAACAUUAGGAAUGAAACAACAAAUAUACUUGCGGACUGUCCUCUUAACAAUGAUGUCAUAGAACUACAGAAAUAUUUGCAAUACGUAAACAGUUUACGUCAAAAAUUUAAGAAACAUGUCCCAGAAAUUCCAUUUUUAAACAUUUAUGAAGAGUUAUCCAACUUUGAUAAAGAUUAUGCAAGAAUAUUACCAGAAGACAUAGUCUUUACUACUGCGGCUAAAUACAAAAUGUACAUAAACAAAAUUUUGUUGAUUCCAUUAUUGGAUCUUCUUCAGAUACGCAAAGAGAAACAUUUGAAUUAUACAGAAUUUUUAAAUCUUUUAAAUUGGAAAUUUGAUUUUCCAACAUUACCAAAAGUAGAUAGAAUGCCUUUAGAAUGUCAAUACUACAACACUGUAUACAGGGACACAAUUGGAAAUGUAAAAGAAAUAAAUACCACAAGUACUCUUAGUGCAGGAGUCAUGUCUGGAAUUUGGGAAGACAAAACAGCUACUGCUUACAGUCUCAUAUCUCCAACUGUGUUUACAAAACAUGGGCUAAGCUAUAUCGAUCUUACUAAACUUCGUAGCAAAGAAGAAAUAAAAAGUAUAUUUGAAAAUAUUGGAGUUGAAUUUCCUGACAACAGUUUUACUUUACUUUGGGAACAAGGAUUAAAAAAAGAUGGAACACAGAAUUUAUGUGUGGAAACUUUUAGAGAACUGCUUGAUCAAAAUAGUAUAAUUAAUAAAAAUAAUUUGUAA